UUUGCCCACCUCUUGUCUAGUGUGUCUGUCUGUAGAUAACAUUUAUGCCACAAAUAUAGUAUUGCUUUUGUCAGUUAUGUUCUCCAUCCAACAAAAUGGGACUAAACAGAUUGUGUCCUGCAAUGAUUUUCUUUUGAUGCUGCCACACUGAACUCGUACAUUUCAUCUUUCAUCCCACUGCCUCCCCAAGACCGUUGCCAUGGCGUGUGUGCACCUGGCCUCCAAGAUUGAAGAGGAGCCUCGCCGAGUGCGUGACGUGCUGAAUGUGUUUCACUUCUUGAAAGGAAGCAGGGGACGCAAAGGCUGCAGCCCCAUGCCUUUGGACGGCAAUUACAUCAACAUGAAGGGCCAGGUGAUCAAAGCUGAGAGGAGGGUGCUGAAGGAGCUGGGCUUCUGCGUGCAUGUCAAACACCCGCACAAGAUCAUUGUAAUGUACCUCCAAGUCUUAGAAUGUGAAAAGAAUACUGAGCUGGUUCAGAUGGCCUGGAACUACAUGAAUGACAGCCUAAGGACAGACGUGUUUCUGAGGUUCAGUGCCGAGACUGUUGCCUGCAUAUGCAUUUACCUGUCUUCCAGAUUCCUACAGAUUCCCCUGCCAGUCGACCCCCCUUGGUUCUCCCUGUUUGGCGCAUCGGAGGAGGACUUGCGGGACAUCUGCGGGAGGAUCCUGCACUUGUACACGGUGCCCAGCGUCCCGCUGGCCGCCCUCCUGAAGCAAGUGGAGGAGGCGAAGCAGGCCCUGGACGCCCUGAGCAGCAAGGGCAAAGUCAGCAUCUUCAUCUCUGCAGCCGCCACACCCACCCUCGAGCCACCCACCUGUUUCUCUCCUGCCUCCAAAGCUGUGUCUCCUAUGAAUCCUGGAGCCAACCAGGAGCCCUCUCUAUGUAAUGUCCUCCUGAAGAACGCCUGCCGGAAACUUCUCAAUGGAAACGAGGAAAAGCGAAUUAGCCGCAGUGAGGAGAGACCAAGAGUGGAACCCAAGAGUGCAACUCCCCCUAAACGCAGACGCAGUCGGAGUGUCACCUCUCCCCGCCAGUCUUUAUCCCCGGUGCGGCACAAAAAAGAUUCUCACAGGGAAAGAGAGAGGGAAAAGGAGAGGGAGAGAGAGCGAGAGAGGGAGAGGGAGCGAGAGAGGGAGAGGGAGAGAGAGAGGGAGCGGGAGCGGGAGCGAGAGAGGAAGAAAGAAAAGGAUAGAGAGAGAGAUAGGAGUCGAGAGAGGAAUAGAGACAGAGAAAGAGAGCGGGAAUGAGAGCGAGACAGGGACAGGGACCGAGACCGGGACCGACAGAGGGAUAAAGAGAGGGACCACCGGAGAGAUAGAGAAAAGGGGGAGCGCAAUGGGUCGAGAAAGGAGAUAUCCUCACACAGAAGAUAAUGCCUCAAAUCAUCAGAGACUGUUCUGAAUACUCAUUCUGUAUAUCAUGGACCAAACACCGGAAUGUGUUAUUUUUUUAGUCUUUGGAUUGAACAUUUUGUAGUGCUGAAAUGCAUUUUUUUAUUAAAUCGUGUUUUAACGUUUAUUUUA